GUGCACGGACAACGCGAGAGGAAGCACCGACGCGCGCGGCUCGUAAUAAAAGACAGGAGUUCAUAAAUAGACAACCAAAGCUUCAUCGAACGAGCGGAAUAACCCACUUGGUUCACUCGUUUUUUUUAUUUGGUAACUUGAAUCAGGAUGUGGCACUCUAAUGCUUGAACGUAACUUAACCUCCUUUUAAACAUGGUGAGAGAGGCUCCUGAAACCAACAGUCUAAACGGGCAACACUGCUGCCAGCAUGGACAACUCUUAACUUGAGCGUGAUGGGGAUGAUAAUGAUAGUAUACAUCGCAAUGAUGGAAGAGCUGCAUUGACAGAGAUUAACCGCACUCACUCUAAGUGCACCGCUGCCAAUCAGCAUGCUGCGGAUAUUGUCGCUUAAAUUUGGCCGCGUCUACCGAUGCGGCAAGUUCCUCUUCAUUGUAGCACUUUUUGUCAUCCUGCUGAUGAACACCCACAACCUGUUUGCCUCAUUUCAGAGGAACGAGCUCACAGACCGUCGAUUUAUAGGCCUCAAUAAAUGUCCGGCCUGCUUUGGGACUAGCUGGUGCCGCAAGUUCAUGAACGGGCAGGUGACCUUCGAGAUGUGGGGUCGCCUGCGCUUUCUAGACUUCUUCAACGUAAAGAAUGUUUUUUUCGCUCAAUACGGAGAACCCAGGGAAGGAACGCGCAGGGUCGUGCUCAAACGCUUGGGUUCCAACCAAGAGCUGGCAGAGAUCGAUCAGAAGAUCUGCAAACGGGCCACUGGAAGGCCUCGCUGUGAUCUCAUACAGAGUAUGUACAAGACUGAGUUUGCCAGACUUAACGGGGAUGUAAGACUUCUGACCCCGGAGGUGGUGGAAGGCUGGUCGGAUCUAGUGCACUGCCCUUCUCAGAGGCUUCUAGACCGGGUGGUCAGGAGGUACGCCGAAACUAAGGAUUCUGGAAGCUUCCUGCUGAAGAACCUAAAGGACACGGAGCGAAUGCAGCUGCUGAUGACGCUAGCGUUCAACCCCGAGCCGCUGGUGCUGCAGAGUUUUCCCUCAGAUGAGGGCUGGCCGUUCGCCAAAUACCUGGGGGCCUGCGGCCGGAUGGUGGCGGUGAAUUACGUGGGCGAGGAGCUCUGGAGCUUCUACAAUGCGCCCUGGGAGAAAAGAGUAGAUCUUGCCAAGCAGCUGAUGGACAUCGCCGAGCAGCUGACCAACAAUGACUUUGACUUCGCCCUUUACCUCCUGGACGUCAGCUUCGACAAUUUCGCAGUCGGGCCCCGUGAUGGAAAAGUCAUCGUCAUCGAUGCUGAAAACGUGAUCGUGGUGGACAAAAGAUUGGUGAAGCAGAAUAAACCCGAGAGCUACGAUGUGUGGUAUGAGAGCCGCUAUGAGGAAUGCGAUAAAGAGGCCUGUCUCUCCUUCUCCAAGGACAUUCUCUGCUCGCGGGUCACCGUGGACCACAACUAUUACGCCGUGUGUCAGAACCUGCUCUCCAGAUUCUCCAGCUGGCGGGGCAGCACUGGUGGUCUUCUCCACGACCCCCCUCCGGACGUGGUGAAAGACGGCCGCCUCAUAGCACUGCUGGACGAGUGCACCAGGCCGCAGAAACGCUACGGCCGCUUCCAGGCGGCUAAAGAACUGCGCGAGUUCCUGACACAACUCACUCAGACGAGCAAUGCUGACAGGUAGUGUUGAGAACGGAGGGGGGGGACACUGAACUUUUGCAGCACACCCCUCCCCCUCCAAUAAACGAAAAAGACUAUCAUAUUCUGGAACUCAUUUGUACACCCUUAAGGGAGUCGCUGUUUUGUUGCCGCUAUCAAUCAUGCCAUUGUUGGCUCUGGUCCUGUUUGGGCUUAAUAAAGAAGUUUGCACAUCUA